AUGGAUUGGCUGGACCUCACCUGCCGCACCGCGGUGUUGAUCCUCCUGUUCCUGCCGUUCGGUGCGUCCGACGACCGGCUUGUCCCCGGCAAGCAGCUCUCCCCUGGCAAUACCAUCGUCUCCGAUGGGGGUGCUUUCGCCUUGGGCUUCUUCUCCCCUACCAACUCCACGAGUAAUCCGGCCAAGUUGUAUCUUGGUAUAUGGUACAACGACAUUCCAGAGUUCACCGUGGUGUGGGUCGCUAACCGAGAAACCCCGGUCAUCAACAGCUCUUCCUCUUCACCGGUGCUCUCACUCACCAACACCUCCAAUCUCGUUCUUUCUAAUGGCGAUGGCAGCGGUCGUGUACUCUGGACGACGACCAACCUAUCCACUACACCGGGGUUGUCUACCCCUGCGGCGGUGCUUUUGAACACCGGUAACCUUGUUAUCCGGUCGUCAAACGGCACCACGUUGUGGCAGAGCUUCGACCACCACACCGACACGUACCUCCCAGGUAUGAAGCUUCGGAUCAAGUACAACACCCACGAUGGAGGUGACCGCCUCAUAUCCUGGAAAGGCCCCGGCGACCCCUCACCGGGCCGCUUCUCUUAUGGGAUCGAUCCCACCACAUGCCUCCAGAUGUUCCUCUGGGAUGGGGCACGCCCAGUGUUCCGCACCCCCCCGUGGACAGGGUACCUUGUGACGAGCGAGCGCCAGUACCAACAGGUGAACGCCAGCACAGAGAUCAUCAUCUAUCUUGCCGUCGUCGACAACGACAGGGAGAUCUACGUCACAUAUAGCCUCUCCGAUGGCGCCCCGCACACUAGGCAGGUGGUGACCUACUCCGGGGAGUACCAAGUACAGAGUUGGAACAAUAGGUUGUUGGCGUGGGAAAUCCUCGCGAACUGGUCCUCCCUCAAAUGCAGCCUCUACGGCUAUUGUGGCCCAUAUGGCUACUGCGAUCUGACGGCAGCACCCGUCCCAAUCUGCAAGUGCCUCGACAACUUUGAGCCGGCUAGCACGGAGGAGUGGACCAGUGGCAGAUUCUCUAAGGGGUGUCAUCGAAAGGAGCCACUAGACGAGUGCAGUGGUGAUUUCUUGGCCUUGCCGGGGAUGAAGCCACCAGACAAGUUCACACUCAUCGGCGAGGACGAGAGUACAUUCCAGGAGUGCGCAGCAGAGUGCAACCGCAACUGCUCCUGUGUGGCAUAUGCGUAUGCUAACCUGAGCAGCAGCAGGUCCGGAGGAAACGUGACAAGAUGCUUGGUUUGGGCCGGGGAGUUGAUUGACACGGCGAAGAUUGGUCCAGUAAUUGGUAGCGAGACACUCUAUCUCCGAAUUGCUGGCCUAGAUGUGGCAGAUGGUAAAAGGACAGAGAGCAAUGCAGGGAGGAUUGCACUACCAGUUUUAGCAACCGUUUUGGUACUCCUAUGCAUAGCCUUGGCAUGGUUAAAAUUUAAAGGUAAGAUCGAAAAGUGGAAAAAACACAAAACAAUAUCAUUGGAUGGCAUGACUACCUCUUAUGAACCUGAUGAAGGGAACCCUCACCAUGAUCGCAAAUUUCCAUUUGUAAGAUUUGAGGAAAUUGCCAUAGCAACUCACAACUUCUCUGAAACAUGUCAGAUUGGACAUGGGGGCUUUGGCAAAGUUUACAAGGGAAGGUUGGGUGGUCAAGAAGUUGCUAUCAAAAGGCUUAGUAAGGAUUCUCAACAAGGAACAAAGGAAUUCAGGAAUGAAGUAAUUCUAAUUGCCAAAUUGCAACAUAGGAACUUGGUUCAACUCCUUGGGUGUUGCGCCGCCAAAGAUGAAAAAUUGUUGAUUUAUGAGUAUAUGCCUAACAAGAGCUUGGAUGCUACCCUUUUUGAUGACUCAAGAAAAUUGUUACUAGAUUGGUCAACACGGUUUAAUAUAAUCAAAGGGAUUGCACGGGGACUUCUUUAUCUCCACCAGGAUUCAAGAUUGACAAUAAUUCACAGAGACCUGAAAGCUGGAAAUGUUUUGCUAGAUGCGGAGAUGAAACCAAAGAUAGCAGAUUUUGGUAUGGCAAGGAUCUUUGGUGAUAACCAACAAAAUGCAAACACUCAACGCGUUGUCGGGACCUAUGGCUACAUGGCUCCUGAGUAUGCAAUGGAAGGCCUCUUCUCUACCAAGUCCGAUAUAUAUAGCUUCGGUGUGUUGCUAUUAGAGGUUGUAACUGGUAUUAGAAGAAACUCCAAUAGUGAAACCAUGGUUUUCCCUAGCCUCAUUAUCUAUUCAUGGAAUAUGUGGAUAGAAGGGAGGGCAAAGGAGUUACCAGACUCAUCUAUCAUGGAUACUUGUUCAGUUGAUGAAGUUGUGCUUUGCAUCCAUGUGGCACUCUUGUGCGUCGAGGAGAACCCAGAUGACAGGCCGCUUAUGUCAUAUGUUCUGUUUGUCCUAGAGAAUGGAAGCACCCCACUUCCGGCCCCCAACCGCCCGGCCUACUUCGCGCGACGACGCAUUGAAAUGGAGCAAAUCAGAGAAGAUAUUCAGACUUCCGCAAACAGUUUUACUCUUACGGAAAUAGAGGGGCGUUGA